CACGCUGCUUUGCUCAGACACGCACGCACGCACGCACACAAAGCUAAGCAACUCCCAUCUCAAAACUCAAAUACAUAUACCGCCUCCUCCCUUCGCUAUUCAAAGCCUCAGCCCCCUAAAGUCCCCCAACCAUGUUCAGGAAAAGGCCACGAACUCCGGCGACCACACUCUCCGGUAAGUCCGAUUUCUUCGACGACUUGCCGGAAGAUCUCCUCGUCUUCAUCCUCUGCAAGCUCAGCUCCUCCGCUUCUUCCCCCUCCGAUCUCGUUAACGUUCUCAUCACAUGCAAAAGACUGAACCGCUUAGGUCUUCAUCCUCUGGUUUUAUCCAAAGCCGGAGCAAAAGCGUUUGCAAUCAAAGCCAAGAACUGGUCCGAAUCCGCUGACCGUUUUCUCAAACUGUGCGCCAACGCUGGCAACGUCGAAGCCUCUUAUACUCUAGGAAUGAUCCGAUUUUAUUGCUUAGAGAAUCGAGGAAGCGGGGCUUCACUUAUGGCUAAGGCGGCGAUUAAAUCUCACGCGCCGGCUCUGUACUCUCUCGCAGUAAUACAGUUCAACGGCAGCGGAGGAUCAAAGAGCGACAAGAACCUCCAAGCCGGAGUGGCUCUAUGCGCCCGAGCUGCUUUCCUCGGUCAUGUCGAUGCCCUUCGCGAGUUGGGGCAUUGCUUCCAGGACGGCUACGGGGCCCGCCAAAACAUCGCCCAGGGACGCCGGUUCCUGGUACAAGCCAACGCGCGCGAGCUCGCGUCCGUCCUACGCUACCUCUCGUCGCCGGCUUGGAGGCUGCUCAACCCCCCGUGCGUUAGCGGUUCGGGUUGCGAAGGGCUUUUGAGCGACUUCGGGUGCAACGUACCGGCCCCGGAGGCGCACCCGGUGAACCGGUUUUUGAGGGACUGGUUCGAAUCGGGAACGGGUGGGCUGAGCGAGGGUCUCAGGCUGUGCUCACACGGAGGGUGCGGCCGGCCGGAGACAAGGGCUCACGAGUUUCGUCGGUGCUCGGUAUGCGGCAUGGUGAAUUACUGCUCGCGUGGGUGUCAAGCGCUUGAUUGGAAGCUGCGGCACAAGGCGGAAUGCAUGCCAAUAGAGCGGUGGUUCGACGAAGUCGGGGGUGCUGGCGACAAUGGUGCCGAUGGUGAUGGAGGAAUGGUGGAGGUCGAGGAAAUUGAAUGAUUAAUAUUAAUUAAAUUUGGUAUUAUUAAUGUUGGUGGUAUCUGAUUUUUUUAUUUUUUUUCAUUUAUUUUCUUGAGAUUCUCUUCUGUACAUUAUUCGGAGACAAAUGGAUAAAAUUUUGAAAAAU